AUGUCAGCAACCUCCGAGGAUAAAGUGAUACCAUUUGAGGCUCUCCCGUUGGACCCUACUGGUCCCCGCGGAAAUGCCUGGGGUAGAUUCGGACCGAACGACGAGCUCGGUACCUUGAACCUCCUCACCCCUGAGGUCAUCGUCGAGGCUGCGAAGGAGAUUCGGACUGGAGUACGCAUAUCGCUCGACUUGCCGCUCAGCAUGCCGACCUAUCCCAGCUUCGAUCGCAAUCCAUUCCAGCAACAGCUGGUUCUUCGAAGCCCGAAUUGUGUUUAUGAUGACAUCUUAACGUUUAACAGCCAGGGGUCGACACAGUGGGACGCUAACCAGAAAAUGCGACGCUUCUAUAAUGGACACACGACGGAGGAGAUCGAGAGUUCUGAUGUAAUAGGGCUUCACAGUAUGAAGAACGCGACUCACUCCCACUUCUGCUCCACACUCACUCAUUUUUUCAUGGUAGCCGUUGCCGAACAUGGCGGCAUGACCGGUCGCGGCAUUCUACUGGAUUUCGCCGAUUGGGCAGCAUCCAAUGCAGUAUCAGUCUCGGCUCUCGAGUCGCAGGCCAUCACGCUCGAGAGUAUCAAACAGGUGGUCAAGGACCACAAACUUGAGUUCCGAAAGGGUGAUAUUCUAUUCAUCCGCAGCGGCUUUACCGAUGCAUAUAAGCAAUUGAACGACCAACAGCGAAAGGAUCUUGCACAUCGCCCGUCGCCGGAUUUCAACGGCGUGGAAGCGACCGAAGGGAUGGUGCGGUGGUUGUGGGAUCACCAAUUUGCGGCUGUGGCUGGGGAUGCUCCGAGCUUCGAGCGCGCCCCGAUCCGCGGCAGUCACGCAGACCCAGAUUUCAACCUGCAUGAAUGGAUAUUGGCAGGAUGGGGCACGCCGAUCGGAGAGAUGUUUGACUUGGAGAAAUUGUCUCGGCACUGCAAGGCGACUAGAAGAUAUAGCUUCUUCUUGUCCAGUAUGCCAAUCAAGGUAUGUCUUCCUCCUAGUACAUCGUAUCCUGAAAGCACUUAUGCAAAUUCUGGCAACAGGUAA